ACCAGUCAGAUCCGCUGGCACCAAACGUGAUCCAGCUACCACCUCCGCUUUUGCCGCGCCUCUGGCCCUCAUCUUCGCCUUCACCAUCUCGCGAAGUACUUUCUUCGCAUUCACACGGAUCCCAGUCGCGAACCAGCGAGAGCGGGACAAUGUCGACGCCAACCACGGCCACAGCAACGCUGCCACACUAUAGCGGCCACCGUUUCCGCUAUCCACACCACCAGCACCAGCACCAGCAGCAGCCGUCGUAUACCCAGCCGAAUACUUCUUCGUACCGGCAGCCCAACCCUAUACUCCCUCCGGUCUCUCGUCUGGCCUACCCAUCGCCCGGCUACUCGUCUUCUGCGAGCCACGCAUCGGCAAAUGGAAUAGCCGCGGUGCAUUUGGACCAUUCGAGACUUGCUCCGCAGGAAACUGACCAACUCUUCACCACAAUGCCGCCCGCAAACCACCAGGUACAAGCCCAAGCACAGACGCAGCCUCCCCGCAAGAGGCGGCGGCCGGACUGGGACACAUUCUACAAGAAUGGCCUGCCCAAGGAAGUCAUCGUCAUUGAAGACACGCCCGAGCCAGAGCAGCUGAAUGGCGCAAGCUCCUCGGCACAGCCGCUGAGCGGGCGUACACUCGUCGCCGGGGACAGCAGCGUCAAUGGCUCGUCAAUGAAGAAACGCAAACGAGACGAUGAUUUGACGCCGUUCGACCCCGUGCAUCACAGUGCCAUUGCCGCGUCCCACACACCAAGCAAAUCUACAAUAGCGAGCGAUCGGACAAAUUCGGCCAUCCAAACAACGGCAGCGACAUCCCUGGGCUCGCUGUCAUCUAACGGCCAAUACGAGUAUGAUACGCAACCUGGCCAGAAGCGGAAGAGAACGACCCGGCAGCAGAUCGCCAACGAGACAAGGCGGCGAGAGGCCGCAAUAGCCAACGACGCCCUUGCCCAUUAUCGGCCGCCGCCGUCUCCUCCCAAAAAAGCACGGGACGUGCAUAUCAAGGUCAUACCGGACCCGCCGCAUAGCAAGAACAUCCGUGUCGACGAUGACGAUGGCCACUACAUUGUUGUCCCUGACAACGAUUUGACAGAACGAUACCAAAUGGUUAAACUCCUCGGACAGGGCACAUUCGGCAAGGUCGUGCAGGCAAGGGACAGACUGUCGGACAAGUUGGUCGCCAUCAAGAUCAUUCGCUCUGUGCAAAAGUACCGCGAAGCGAGCAAGAUCGAACUGCGGGUUUUGGAGACGCUCAGAGCCAACGAUGAGGAGAACCGGAACCGGUGCAUCCACUUUCGGGAUUGCUUCGAUUACCGUGGACACAUUUGCAUCGUCAUGGAUCUUCUCGGCCAGAGUGUGUUCGACUUUCUCAAGAGCAACAGCUUCGUUCCUUUCCCAAACAGCCAGAUCCAGAGCUUCGCUCGGCAGCUCUUCACUAGUGUGGCUUUUCUUCAUGAUCUGAAUUUGAUACACACGGAUUUGAAGCCGGAGAACAUCCUCCUGUGUCACAACGAGUACCAGACCUUCACGUACAACCGGAAAAUACCAUCGUCUAGUACAGCGAACACUCGCACGGCUAGUCAACGUAAGGUACUGCUGGACACGGAGAUACGCUUAAUCGACUUCGGCUCGGCUACAUUCCAGGACGAAUACCAUUCGUCCGUAGUGUCUACUCGCCAUUACCGGGCGCCCGAGAUCAUCCUCGGCCUCGGGUGGUCUUACCCCUGCGACAUAUGGAGCAUCGGCUGCAUCCUGGUCGAGUUCUUCACUGGCGACGCCCUCUUCCAGACGCACGAUAACCUCGAGCAUCUGGCUAUGAUGGAGGCCGUGGUCGACCAGAGGAUAGACGUGUCCUUAGUCCACCAGGUCAACCGGAUGACAAGAAACGGCGGGAAUCCCGCGUCGAAGUACUUCAAGCGUCUCAAGCUCGACUACCCGACUGCAGAGACGACCCGGGCUUCCAGGAGAUUCGUCAAAGCGAUGAAGAGGCUUCCGGAUAUCGUUCCUUCAACGAACAAAUUCCUCGAGCAAUUCCUGGAUCUGCUUCAGAAAAUAUUCGUCUAUGACCCUGCUCAGCGCAUCACGGCCAAGCAGGCGCUGCAACAUCCCUGGUUUCGGGAAGUUGCACCCCAGGACGAUGGGACCGAAGCGGCACGGAUUCGCGCUGAGAAGUUGAAGGCGCGAGAGCGAGAAUUGUCCGCAGCCCGACUUGCCGCCGCGCAGGCGGCCGGGCAUGCACCGAUCAUGGAGGGGCGGGCGAUACGAAGGUGACGGCCGACGAUGAUGGCAUUGACCGUAGCACAUCGGUACUUUGAUCACAUCACCGAGUGCGAGCGCAGAGGGUGAUUGAACAGCCGAAAGAGCUUCUAAAAAAUAACGAUGCGCAACUGUCAUGAGUUUCCAGUGGGGCAUAUUAGUUGAUGUUGAACCUUGGGAAUUUAAAGGGCGUUGGUUUUCGCGGCGUAGCAGCAAGUUUUGCUAUCAUAGCAGGCGGGGAGCUUUUUCUUCGGUAUAUGUUAUCUCACU